CGUGUGCGUGUGUGUGUGUACAGCGUAAACCCCUGUCUCCCUCCUUCGCACCCUGUCAGUUGUCCAGCACACAUGAGCGCCCACAGCCCCUGCUGCAGACGAAACUUGAAGUAGAGGCUGCAGAGAGUCAGCAGUUAAACUUUAUCUCAUCCAGACUCAGCAAAUCCCCUCCGAGCUAAACUCCAGAAUCAGGACGGACCAUAAAACACCACAAAGAUGCUGCUGCCGCUGCUGCUCAUCAUCGCUUUACACAGUCACAUGUGUCUGUCAGUGACAGUAAGCACCAAUAAGCCCAAAGUGGAGAUCCAUGAGCACACAGACGCCGUGUUGUCCUGUGAGUUCAAGACAGAAAAAGAUCAGAACCCUCGAAUUGAGUGGAAAAAGAAAGGAAAAGGAGUGACUUUUGUUUAUUUUGACAAGAAAUUUGCAAAGUCCUACGCAGGACGGGCUAAGAUUGAGGGAGCAACGCUGACGAUACACUCAGUCACCCAGAAGGACUCGGGGGAAUAUCGCUGUGAGGUAACCGCCAGUGAAGACCACGUUAACCUCGGAGAGGCCACUGUGACCCUCAAUGUGCUCGUGCCUCCUCACGUCCCGUCAUGCGAGGUGCCGAGCUCGGUGUUUGUCGGCACCGGCCUCGAUCUGUUCUGUAAGGACAAGCUCAGCGUGCCUCCGGCCACCUACCGCUGGUACAAAGACAACAAGGCUCUGACAGCCACAGGAGACGCUCCGUACAGCAUCGACACAAACAAGGGAACAUUGAAGUUCAAGAGCGUGUCCAAAGAAGACACAGGGAUGUAUCGCUGCGAGUCCUCCAACAGUGUGGGGGCGCCAAAGAGUUGUGUAGCCAAGCAGCUCACAGUUGUUGAAUAUCCGUGGAAUAUGACAAUGUUGAUAGCAGGUGCGUCAGGAUUUGUGACGCUGAUCCUUUUCUGCUGUAUCUGCAUCUGUAUCUGCCACCGCAGAGGCUGCUGCAAGAAAAGCAGGAAGACAAAAGGCUCUAAGUCCUACAACCCUCCCCCGCCGCCUCCCACCCGCAACCUCAAGCACUACAAACAAACUCAGUCCUUCAUGAUCUGAGGGGACGACACCGAUUUUGUUCAAUAACCAAAGUGUGCAGCAGGAACACUCGGAGGCUCUGCUGCAGGCGGAGAAAUCUUCAGCUUUCAGGCGAAGCAGAUGUUUCCUUGUGGGUUCUAUCCAGUGGAAAUCCUGAUGAUACAAAGCCAAGUGUACAGCUUCAUCACUUUUCCAUAUCCUGUAUGAUAUUUGUCAUUUAAUGUGUUUCACUUCUUAUUUUGAGAGCAGAUGUUAAGCUCUUUAAGCCACUCGGAAGUCAGUGUAUAUCAUAUUUUUGGUAAAACUAUAUAUGCAUAUAUAUAUAUUUGGUUAUAAAUGCUUCAUGCUUUGUUUUGGUUGACUUGGAUAUGGAAUAUUUAAUGUUUCUAGUCUUUUUUCUAGCAUUUAAUUGAGCUGUUUGUUGAUCUGAUGCUGUUUUCCUUGUAAACAUUUUUUUUUUUUAAAUAAUUGUUUGAACAGGUGUCUGCACACACUGAACAGUAUUUUAAAAGUUUAAAAAUCUUUCUUGCUUAUAUUUUUGAGAAAUUGUAGCUUGUACUCAAUAAAGACCGCUGGGUAAAUAUGCAUAUUGGGUUUAAUGGUGCUCAGUAAGGCCGGAUUGAGCAAAGUGUAAAGCAUACGACGUCAUGCUACGCAUCGGCACCUUGCAUCUGUUAGUGCUCCAAACAAAUCUGAUUCAGAUCCAGAUUUAUUUGUAUCCCAAAUGGGCAACUGAUGUUACUGCAAGUAUAAAAACUAAAAGACAAAGUAUCAAAGAUUAAAAAGUGAAAAACAAUAAAACAUGCCAAAAGGACAUGAAAUACAAAUCAAUACAUAGUGGGAAGAGUACAGCAGUGUAUUUCAUUAUUGACCGACAGUUGCUACAAACACUAAAUCAGGUGCAACCUUGUCCUGCAUUAAAACGAUAAAUUGCUGUCGGAACAAAAGAGAGCUUGUUACUUUUUAUACUAAGAAGUCUGAGCCUUAUGCCAGAAGGCAGAAACUGGAACUCAGCAUGUAAAGGAUGAGACGUAUCAGCAAUAAUGGCUUUAGUUUUCCUAAUGAUUUGUUUUUUACUCAAUUCUGUAUGUGAGCGUUGCUCAACCCCUAAGAUUUUAUUGCUAGUAUGUAUUACUCACCUAAGGGCAAUUUUUGACCUAAUACUAAGAUUUCAAAACCAACAGAGGAGGGAAAAAUAUACAGGGAUAUACUCACAUAUAUAGGGAAGCUAAACAGAUGUGAGAAAGUCAGAGGAACAUCCUAGAUGUUAUAUUAAGGGCACUGAGAACUAAUAACACAUUACAAUCAUGCUUUACACUAAUUCUUUUUCAAAUAUGCUGUGAUCUGGUGAUGCUCAAAUAAUCUUAGAAAGCCUGAAUAAUGCAGGGCUGUGUGAAACUGCAGCCUAACUCACACACAUUUUUGCCAUACUGUGCCUCUUCUCCAUUCUAUAUGAAUAAAUGUGAGAUAAACUCUG